AAAAAAAUGUAUACCAUAAUAACAGAAAUAUGUGGGUGUGCAUUAAAUCACAAAAUGGCUGGCAUUAGGACCUCAGGGACAAUAAGCUAACCGCUUUGAUGCCAGUGGAAGCUGGCGAAGUAAUGAUAAGGGACUGCCGUGUGUGAAUGACUGACAUGUACCCGACCGGAGACAAGGAUCAAAGAUCAUGGGUUAGUGUGGUGAAGUUAACGACCGCAUACGACAUCUCAACUUGCCCACUUCUUCUAAAUUCAAGUUGCUCUCCUAAUAUUGUGGAACUGGUUCUCAGCAUCCUCUGCCAUUUUACCUCACUGGAUACUUCUUGGACCUUAUUGUGAUAUUCUUUUUAUAGGGACAUCUAAUGCAUUUCUCUCCUGUAUACCCAUUCAGUCUGUGUCUGGUGCACUUAAUUCAAUCAUUAUCUUGUUAUGGCAGCGCAAGAUUCUGGAAGGACAACAGGUUUUCCUUGCAAACAGUGUGGCAUGGUAUGUCCCAAUAUGCCCAGUCUUCUUGAGCACAUGGACGCUCACCUUCAACAAGAAGAGGAACGCAAAUUUAAAUGUGAUGAAUGUGGACGUGGCUAUAGGCAUGCUGGUAGCCUAGCUAACCACAAAAAGACUCACGAAGUGGGUUCUUUUCAGUGUAACAUAUGUGGUAAAGAAAACUCAAAUGCUUUGGCCCUGAAGAGUCAUCUGCGGAGCCACACUUCUCAGAAAAAGUACUCCUGUGCAGAAUGUGGGAAGGCUUUUCGUCUGGCAACACAGCUGGCUACACAUGAAAGGGUUCAUGUUGCCAAGCGAGUGAAGGAGCAGUCAUAUAGAAAGGUAGACAUGGAUUAUCCCACACACGAAAUUGAAAAUUACCACCCACAUAAUCUCAGUGAGCAGUCAGCCAGUGUUGGAAUUUCCACAGAAAGUAGCCCAGCUGAGGACAAGACAGACGUUGUUUAUAAUGCACAAUCUGAGACCUCUGAUGAUGCUGCAAAUCGACCUUUCAGAUGUGAUUUAUGUGACAAAUCAUACAUACACCAUCGAAGCCUGACCAAUCAUAAAAAGACUCACCAAGUGGGAAUGUUUGAGUGCACAGUGUGUUUCAAACUGUUCAAUAAUAUGGCUGCUCUCUACAGCCACCAGAGAACUCACAAGGCAAGAAGUGGGACAGAACUAGGUUCAAGGAGUAGGUCAUACACAGGCACACCACUGGACCAGUUUUCACCUCAGAGCCAGGAUGCUCGAGUGAAUUUUUGCCAUUUGUGUCAGGUUCUAUUUCCCAGUGAUGAGGAGUUUGAGGAACACAUCCAAAUGCAUAACUCUUCAUCGCUGUCGUUUGGACUUCAAGAUACCUUGUCAGACAACCACAAUUUAUCAUAUGACAACAGUAUUGCCUCGCCUGAGUCAAAUUUUUAUGCAUCUCCAAUAAAUAAUGUUCCUUCAGUAUCAUCAAUCGACAAUUAUGGAAGUUUUGAUCAGCCACAGGAGCAGAUGAGAAGCAAUGGUCAUGGGUACUCAGACUGCUCCAGUAAUCAAACACCAUCUUGCAACAGCACUCAGGGAGAACCUCCAAUAAUGGACACAAACAUUCUCAACCCUGCCCUGAUGCACACAAAAACUACUGACAAUGCAACUGAAAUGGAAGAGGCUUCAACUGUAGAUUCUGAUGAGCGUCCCUUCAAGUGUCAGAUCUGUGGUAAAAGCUACCGGCACUCUGGGAGCCUCAUCAACCACAAGCGGUCACACCAAGUUGGGAUUUACCAGUGUUCCAUCUGCAGAAAGAGUUAUCCUCACUUGGCCGCUCUUAAAAGUCACCUUCGUCUCCACAAAGCGCAGCCAUCAUCCUUUAGCCUCAUCGCCGAGGGAGAUUGGCUCUCCUCAGAGCCCCUGACUCUGGAUAACCAACAGGGCUGCUUCUCUCAAGAUGAGGAGGAGGAUGUCACUGACCCUGUGCUAGGAAUGGAUCGGGAGAACAGCACUGGCCUCAGCAAUGGGACUUUGUAUCAUGAGCGAUUUAAUCAGGACUUUUCACAGGAUAUGACUGUGAAUCUACCUCACAAUGAACACCUGAUGCAGAGACACAUGUGUGCAGACUGCGGUGAGACAUUUGCAGAUAUUGCAGGAAUUAAGUCACACAGUUGCCCACUGCUACAGCAGCAACAUGACACUACUAGCAGUGACUAUGAUGGGAAUUUAAAUUUCCAGGACAGUAAUGGUCACUGUGCCAUUGGAAAUCCAGGGAGUGAUUUGGAGUUCCAUGGUCUGAAUGGUAACCACAACCAAAAUUACUUUGAACAAAAUUUUCAUGACAAUAUGACCUGUGAUCAGCCGAAUGGUGGGGGAGAUGGUGAUGAUGUCGCUGAUGAUGAGGAGGCGGAGGAGGAUGAUGAUGGAGAUCUUUAUCAGUGUUCUAUAUGUGGAAACAGCUACACCAGCAUGAGGGCUCUCAGGAGCCAUCUUCGAGGACACACACAGUCUCAUAGUACUCCUGCAAGCUCAGGGCCUUCUUCCAUGUCCUCUCAUGAAGAAGUGAAAGAUGAUGAGCCUGGAGAGAUGAUGAUCUGUAGCACUUGUGGAGAAAGUUUUGCCAAUAGGCAAGAUUUGAUAACUCAUCAGCUUCUACACAACAAGGACCAGGUAGAUAGUGUAAACCAUUUACCAGUGGACAACACCAAUCUGUCUGGAGAUAAGGAAGAAGCACAGAGUAUCAUCUGUGGCAGCUGUGGUAUCUUCUGCAACAGCUUCCAUCAUCUUAAGAACCACGGAUGCACAGCUGAGAGGAGAGAUGAGUCAACACAUAGUGAAGAGGAACUGAAAGCAAAUGAUGUUGCCCAGCAUGAAGACACCAGCCAUGAUACAGAAACUCUCGGUACUGAACAUCGUCAGUACAAGUGUGAUCAGUGUGGGCGAUCAUAUAGACACGCUGGUUCCCUCCUUAACCACAAAAAAUCCCACAAAACAGGUGUAUUCAGAUGUCUCGUCUGCCAGAAACGCUUCUACAACCUGCUGGCUCUUAAAAACCACCAGAGGUCCCACUUUGAUAUUAAAAGGCAUACUUGUCAUGAGUGUGGGAAAGCUUUUAAAAUUCAGAAGCAGCUAUUGAAUCACCUGAGAAGGCACAAAGAAAACCAAGCCAAAAUCCAGGAACUCAACAACCAGAUCCAGACCCUCAUGCAGAUGAAUGGGCCCAGGUCAGAUGGAGGAAUGCAGUCCUUAACUUCAAAUGCCAGCGAAGCUUUAACCUCUUCUCGACGUUGCAAGCAGCUGCCUGAAGGGAAUACAGGACAAACAAAGUCUGAGACCUCAGUGAAAUCUGAGGACACAGGGGACCGACGGCCUUUCGCCUGUGACCAGUGUGGGCGCACAUAUCGUCAUGCAGGAAGUUUGGUCAACCACAGAAACUCUCAUAAAACAGGUGAAUAUUGUUGUUCAGUUUGUAACAACACAUACUCCAAUCAGCUAGCAAUGAAAAACCACUUACGUACCCACUUUGCAUAUAAAAAGCACUCUUGCCAAAGCUGUGGAAAAGGCUUUAGGGGAAAGAAGCAGCUAUUAGCCCAUGUUUGUUCAGACCUCAGAAAGGAUGUGGCCGGAGGCAGGAGGGGCCUGAAAUCUAGAGCCUUAAAAUGUAAGGAAUGUAAGCAGGUCUUUCUCUCUGUUGACCAACUGACAGCCCACACCUGUGAUGGAUCUUCAGGCAGCAGUGAUGCACAAAACAAUAUGUGUUUAACUAAAGAGGAGCGACCUUUCACAUGCAACAUAUGUAAUCGUACCUACCGCCAUGCAGGCUCACUUCUGAACCACAAAAACACUCACAAGACAGGACACUUCAGCUGCAGCUUCUGCUCUAAGCCCUUCACCAACCCCAUGGCUUUACGUAAUCACACGCGCAUCCACACACAGAAGAAAAAGUAUGUGUGUCUCACAUGUGGUAAGGCCUUCCGCCUCGCCAGUAUCCUGCACAACCACCAGAAGGUCCACAACCGGGUGGCGAGUCACUUUAGCUGCCCUGCAUGUGGAAAGAGCUUCCAGGGCAGGUCUGGCCUGAAGAGGCAUCGUUGUCGCAGAGGUCAGGAGAACUCAGUGAGAGCUGGAGUCCAGCAGUCGGAGAGGGGAGACAAGUGCUUCAUGUGUGACCUGUGUGGGCGCUCCUACCGCCACGCUGGCUCUCUCCUCAACCAUAAAAAGACACACUCCGACAACCUCCACCACUGUACUUUGUGUCUCCAGACAUUUCCUGAUCCUCUCACUCUGCAGAUACACUCCCAGAUGAGGCGUCACUGCUGCCCUGAGUGCGGCAAGACCUUCUGUCUGGUCACACACCUGCAGAGCCACAUGGACGUGCACUCAAAGGACCGGCCUGUGGUCUGCAACCUCUGCCAGCAGAGCUUUCCGAGCACUGCCAGCUACCAGCAGCACCAGGACAUGCACCACAGGGCUCAGGACCCCUAUCAGCAAGGUGUGGACAAGCCUGUAGAUAACAACAUCUGUUGGGACUCCAGAAUAAAUCAGACCAUGGAGAUGGACAGGAUGCACAAGCAGGUUCCACCCCCAUUGUCUCAUAUUCCAGAGAGCAUCGCUAACUCACAGAGUAAUGACUCUGCUGGCACAGAGGAGAAGAGCCACGUCUGCGAGCACUGUGGGCGCACUUACCGCCAUGCCGGCUCCUUGCUCAACCACAAGAACAGCCACAAGACGGGCUCCUUCUUCUGCUCUGUCUGCCAGAAAGAGUUCACCAACCUGAUGGCUCUCAAGAACCACCGGCGCAUCCACACGGAGCCCAAGCGCUACCAGUGCGUGGAGUGCGGAAAGGCUUUCCGUGUGUCCACUCAGCUCAUAUGCCACCGACGAAUCCACACCAAAGAGAAGCCCUUCGCCUGCCUGCUGUGCGACAAGAGUUUUUCCAGCAAGUCCAACCUGCGGCACCAUCAGAAGAUGCACCAGAACACCCAGACCUACGAUUCCUCUUUUAGCAUGGAUGCGAGCACAUUUAUGGACUUAGACAUGGAGUCUUUCCUCUGAAGUAAGACUCCAGAGUGUACAGGAGAAGAGGCCACGUGGUCCUCUUAUUUAUCUGUUAUGUAUUCCUCUAUCAAUAAUUGUAAAACAGUAUUUUUUUUUCAGAAAGUGCUCCUUGGUCCUGACAGAAGUUCCUUUGAAGACAUGCACAUUUCAUUACAAACUUCCAGUCUUACCUCCACAGCAGAUCUCUUUGAAAGGUUUAUUGAUCAGCUUCUAAUAUGGCCUGAAUGUUUUUCCAUGAACGCACAGGAUCCCAGAAUACAGGGCAGGUGACUAAAUCAAUAGUCACCACUCACUCCUCAAUGACAAACCAAGCAACCAAAGUGAAUGGAAAAGUGCAGCCAAGGUCCAUGUAAGAACAUGAACACUGGUAACAUGUUUUGUAAGACAAUACUGUUCUAAUAGUGAUCUCUCCUCUCUUGCUAUGUAUAAUUGUGUUCAGUGCCUCUGUUAAGUUCCUUAGGAAACAAAAUAUACAAACUAUAUUUAUCUCUGAAUCUUUUUGUUAGCUUUGCUGUCAGUGUCGAAGGACUGCUCACCUUCCUUUGGAAUAUUACAUAGGGCAACCCUGUUAUUAUUAAGUCAAAUACCUCUGGGUGUGUCCAAAGGUCAGUGGCAAAGUGAUUUACUGAAAUCAUAUUAUCAAGUAAAUAGUCGUACUGCUAAUAAUAUUCACUUUCGGUGACAUUGUAUGCUAAAAUGGAUGUAUUUAUUAAGUUAUUCCUGUUCUUUCAUGUGCACAUUUUAUUAGGGAAACUUUUUAUGAAUGUUAUAAAAAAAAAACCUGUCUUCUAAAUCUCAAGUAGCCUUUACAGAACUUCAUCAGUCGAUUUGUAUUUACGUCUUGGUUCUAGGUUGCAACAGGCAGGAAUGAAUGAGCCAAGCGUCAUUGGCAUUAUUGGCAGCACUCAGGGUACACCUUCAAAAGGAACAUACCUGAUGUGUAAAACAAUAUGGGUAAUCAGUUUCUGAACUGAGCAUAGCAUUUAUUUUUCACUUGUGCCAUUUCCACACUCAUAAUUUAGCUAUAAUUUAACGGUCAUCACUCCAACAUUUAGUUGCAGCUCCACUUACAGUGCAUGCUGUUGAAUGGUAUGGAACUUUGGAGAAGCGCCAGUUACGUUAUUAUGCCAGUGCCUAAAGUGUAAGUGAACUGUAGCAGUUUAAUGUGAAGAAACCUCCUCUCGCUUGUUAUACUGUAAACCACAAUGUUGAUUUUAUAUUGUUUUAAUUCAGUUUCUUUUUAAUUUAUCUUUUGAUUUGUGAAUCUUCACAAAUCAACAUGUUUUACAACAGGGAGGUGAAAGUGGUUCCUGUUUGUCUCUGACUCUGAUUUUUCUUCCCUCCUUCACAAAUGCUUCAUAUGAAGCAAACAAAUAUGUGGCCGUAUUGCCUCAUUUCUGCCAAGCACAAGUAUUACUACAAACAUACCAGAGCUUUAUGAAUAUACGAGGACAAACCAGUUCCACCUUCGCUGUCUUGUUCAUGAACCACUUCUGUUCUGUGAAAAAUGUGCAAUUAUUGAUUCUCUGGGUGUUUUUUUUUUUCUUGCCAAGUUGUCUAAUGUGUCAAUUGUUCUUGAAGUGGUUUCUUUUCAUAGAUCAGAAAGUUAGCAAAAGUGAACACAGAGCCUUUGUUUUUUUGUACAGUCUAAAAUUAGAUUUCCUUUAUGCCUUAAACGUUACAUUUCAUGUAUGAGUACGCUUGGCACUGGUCAGAAGUUUGAAAUACCUCAUGGGAAGCCCUGUCUAGCAAAUGCUACUUAAUGCCUCAUGCAGCUUAGUUGUAGAAAAUACACUGUAAUCAUAGAAACUCAGAUAGUUAUCAAGUGUAAGACAAACAGAAUGGAUGAAGCAUCAAUUUUAAGGUUUUCUUUUGUAGUUUGCAGAUGCUCUUCUCUCCAUAAUAAGUUUGUUUCUCUGCAGUUUGUUGUUUUCGGAGUUAUAUUUGCACAUUUCUAGAUGAGAAACUUGUAGCCUACGGAGGACAGGAAGUCUAUAAUAACGCAGCCAACCUGUUUGCUGGGGUGUCGGCUGUUGUGUAGUUCACCUCAGUUAGUUUGCGGGUUGUAAUAAUUAAGCAAUAUGCUAAAAGUAUUGUUUCAGUGCAUGAACUGAGACCAUCUCAUUUGUUUUGUCUCACCAUUGUAUCGACUACAGUGGUGUCAGAUCCGGUGUCUACUGACACUAGCCUUGAAAGACCAUGACAACUUGCCAUCUGCCAUUUGUUAAGUUGUUUAAAAUCUUAUGUGUAUAAAUUGCAAUGAGAUGAUCUCACUGUAACAUGUUUUCCUAUGCCAUGGUAGCCUACAUUUAAAAUGACACAUGCACAUUUGAGUUAAAACUGACUCUGUUUUUUUUAAUUUGUUUUGUUUUAAACCAUUUAGUCUCCUGUGGCACUUAACACGUUCACUCCCCUGUCAUUGAUCACAGUCACAGCCUGGUAUUUGUGACGUGUGUUAAAUCUCAGAGCUCUCUCUGUAAAUAUUAGGAUGAAAAUAUCAGUGGGAUCUCUGUACAUUUACAGCAAGAAUUUCUUCAACAGGAAUAAGAGUACAAGAUCAGCUAAUGUGUAAUAAAACAGCAUAUACC